AUGCUUUCGAGAGUCCCAUUGAGAUCUUCAAUUAGAAUACUUCCUAGAUUAUCUGCUAUACAACCAGCUCGUUCAUUUGGUUCUACUGUCAAGGUUUUACAAGAACAAAAACCUUCAUCCAGUGAUGAAUCCAAACCAAAGAAGAGACCAUUGAGUAGAGUUGCAAUUGGUGGUUCUAAAAAUUCAAACCCAAAAGGAUUUGGAAUGACUGUUGAGUUUGCUACUUGGAAAGCUGUUGUAUUGUUAGUUGUUCUUGGUGGUUUGGGGACUUACUACUUCCAAAAGGAAAAAGCAAGAUUACAAAGAAUAAAAGAAAUGGAAGCCAAUAAAACUAUUGGUACUCCAGCUGUUGGUGGACCAUUUACUUUGCAAGAUACAGAAGGUAAUAAAUUUACUCAUGAAAACUUGGUUGAUCCAAAUAUGAAGCGUUUUUCUAUUUUGUAUUUUGGUUUUACUCAUUGUCCAGAUGUUUGUCCUGAAGAAUUAGAUAAAUUGGGUGAUAUUUUGGAUCAAUUGAAAACCAAAGGUAUUGAAAUGCAACCAGUUUUUAUAACUUGUGAUCCUGCAAGAGAUACACCAGCGGUUCUUCGUGCAUACUUGGAUGAUUUCCAUUCUGGAAUUGUUGGUUUAACUGGUACUUAUGAUCAAGUUAAGAACUGUUGUAAAAAAUACAGAGUUUAUUUCUCAACUCCACCAGAUGUCAAACCAGGUCAAGAUUAUUUGGUCGAUCAUCUGAUCUUCUUUUACUUGAUUGAUCCAGAAGGUAAUUUCGUUGAUGUUAUUGGAAGAGAAUCUGGUGUUGAUGAAAGUGUUUUGAAGAUUAGUAAAUAUUCUGAAGCUUUUAUUCCAGAAAAUGAAAGACUUGCAAAGAAAGAAGGUAUUUUUGGAUUCCUUUAUAAGUAA